CCUUCAAAAGUAACUCUACUCCUUAAUAAAUCUUAUUUUCGUUAAUGGCGACUAAAGCCAAUAGAAUUUUUGAGGAAUUUUUAUCGUUAGUAUCCGCUGAAAACUUUCAAAUAAACAAAGUAAUUGAUAAAAACAAUGAGGAGGAGGAAGACAAAAUAUGUGAUGUUAGCACUCAAACAAAUAUUAAUAUGCGACAGAGAAAAGUUGUAGGUAAAUAUUAUCCAGGCGCUAUUACCAGACACUACGUUUGGAAAGUAAUGGUUCCUUCACAGAGACCUAAGCGAAGACGAGUAACCUUUAUGGAUUGGAAGAAAUAUCACAAACUUAGUGUUAUUAAUGGUUUUAUUGAUGAUCUAGAAAAAGAUUAUCCCGCCAUUUGCACAGUAACAGUGAUCGGUAAAUCUGUUGAAGGUAGAAACAUUAAGAUGCUAAAGAUUUCCAACAGUGACGCCGAAAACUCGCCCGUGUGGGUAGACGCAGGCAUACACUCCCGAGAGUGGAUCAGCAUUGCUGUUGUUACCUACUUAGCUAACCUCAUUGCCAAAAAUUUCCAUAACCUCCCGAAAUCAAUUACUAGUAAAGAUUGGCAUUUUGUACCAGUUCUGAAUCCUGAUGGAUAUGAAUAUACACACAAUCACGAACGCAUGUGGCGAAAGAAUCGCGCAAUGCACGAAGGAAAAUGUGUUGGAGUUGAUCUUAAUCGAAAUUUUAGUUGUGGAUGGGGUGUGGAUGGUGAUCAAGGUUCUUCAGCUUCACCGCAUAGUGUUUUCUAUAGAGGUCCAGCACCGUUUUCGGAACCUGAAACAGUCGCCGUCAGGGAUACAAUCAUGGGUUCAACAACACCUUUCAAAGUGUUUCUGUCGUUUCACAGUUAUUUCGAAUUAAUAAUAUUUCCUUGGGGCCACAAGGCAGAAGCAUGUCCUGACUAUCUUCAAUUAUUAGAAGGCGGUGCGGUUAUGGCUAGAGCGAUCUACGAAAGCAGUGGUUUGAUAUAUAAAGUGGGCAGUACUAAGGAUAUGACGUACAGUGCAUGCGGAACUAGCACAGAUUGGAGUUAUACAGUAGCAAAUAUCCCCUUCUCUUAUAUGAUAGAGCUACGGAGCAAAAAACACAAGUUUCGACUUCCUAAAAGCCAGAUUAUAGAAACUGGAAAAGAAAUCUGGAACGCUGUCGGAAAACUUAUGGAAUUUGUAGACCAAUAUUAAAAUAUUUGGUCAUAAAUUAGAUCCUAAAAUUUCUACAAAUUUUGUUUGGUUUUGUAUUUGGUUUUUGUAUUAACAGAUAUGUUUGU